AUGGAUCCCAGCGACAGCAAGCUUGGUUUGCCAGAGAGGAGGCGAUCACGGAGGACGUCAGUGAGGCAUUCGCUGACUCUACGGACUGAAGGAAUGGACGAAUUUCCUCCUCCAGAGGACCCGGCUCUGGCUUCGGUAGCAGACCAUGACAUGCGACGCAGUUUACCGCAUGACCCCAGCCCAGCGGUGGUGGCACUGGGGCAGGAAUUGGGAGACGAGGGCGUGGGCCAAGGAGGUCGUCAGAGUAGGGCAAGGAUAACGACAACGUCGCCAACAUCUACACCGAUACUACCAGCGCAGCCCUUUUUGCAGGCAGAAUUGCGGCCAGCUCAAGAAAGUUCAUCUGGGGCGAACGCCGGUAUGGCAGCGACAACUCCUCUAUCAACGUUGACCACAUUCUCUCCGGAACUACCACAGGCCCCUCUUCGUCCACCAAGCCCAACAAAACCAGCAAGCUCAGCAGCAGAUCCCCUGGCCUUGAGACACGAUGGCGCAACGAGCCCAAACUUAUCAUCCCAACAUAUGGGCAUAGAUGCCGCUCAUUCCGCCAGUGUACAUGGCCCAAUACAGCCGUCAGGUCCCUCUCACGUCUACGAGCAAUAUACCCGCAACUUACCCUUUGGGCCACCACUGGGUCUCUCUUCUGAUCCUCUACCAAGGGGUUAUCCCUAUCACGGACCAUCCGAUCCUUCUCCUUAUCACAUCUAUCCCCAAGAUGUGCAUCACGCCCCCCAAUACGGACGAGUCGUAACUCAGCAAGGCGAAGUCCCAGUAGUCGACUACUAUGGCCCGUACGGGCAUCACGAGCCGCUGCCACCCUACACCGAGCGAGACAAUACAGGCCUAGGAGGAAGCAGCUCGAACUCUGUCGACCCUUCCCCUGCGCCGAUUGCUGACAGCGCUCCUAGUUCCGGUCCGCCCAUUGCCUUUGCUGCUGUCGUUUCUUCUCCAGCUCCCGCUUCUGCCCCCGCGUCUUCCCCUGCAUUGGGUCCUGACCCCGUUGAGGAAGUGUCGGAGGGUCGAACAAUACCGACAGCGCAGCCAACACAGGCACCACUUCCGUCAACUCAGACACUACCCACCACGCAGGCAUCACCGACAACACAGACGGUAGCAACAGCACAGACAGGUCAGACGGAGGAGACAGGGCCGGCAGCGCAAUCGGGGCAAGCAGAGGUUCUUACUGGCGCUGGAGGUCUAGGACUUGCAACCAGAAAUCCGGAAUUUGACUCACUGGACGAUCUGCGAGCUCCUCGCCCCCGUGCUUCGACGCGAAGUUUCAAUUCAACCCACAGUAACGACCAGAUCGAUAGGGAAAAAGCCGUCUUGUCAGAAAAAGAAACACCUUUCAAGCGUUGGAUGAGAAAGCAGUGGUGUUUUGGGGUGGUUCCUAAUUGGGCUUUGGUUCUCUCGUUAUGCCUUCUGGUGAUUGUGGGGAUCGUUGCCGGCACGGUUGCCGGAGUUUUGCUGAGCAAUCAUGGAAAACCACCACCCAAGGAGAGCCAUCCAAAACCCUCAUCGGGAACAACCUUUCCCAGCAACGUGGUCCCCAUACCAACUCCAACAGAUCUUGCUCCGCUUCCAACAGGAACCUGGGGUAUACCUAUGAUGCUCGACAAAGCCUCUAGUAACUGCUUCAAGGAUCCUACACAGUCGAAAAGUUGGGACUGCCAUUUCGUCCCCUCGGGCAUGUACUUGUCGCUUGAACAUUCCGCCCAAAACGGUUAUACAUUCACGAUCAAUUGUAACCACUCUCUCACCAUGUUCAACAACGUCUAUUCAUACGGCGAGCAGCCAGCUUUGCUCGUGAAUCCUCGGGCACUGGUGCUGGUCAAUGACACGUCUGAAGUUAAUCGGGGCCCUGCUUGGUUCCAGGCCGUCCCUUACAUGAAGACCGUCAUUCUUCCCCACGAUUCACUCAACAUUACCACUACAGGAGGUACGGCGAAGAUGCGCCGUGGAUGGGGUAGCAAGAAUUUCAAUAAAAGCAAAGGCAACGAAGCGCAACCAGGAGACAAACCUUGGAUCUGCAACUGGCCCCAGACGACGUUCGAGCUCUUUAUUUUUGCUCAACAGAACUCGAGCUGGUCGGUCAACACUCAAAGCCUUCCGCCGCCCUCGGUAACCUCCUCUGUCCCAGCUUCGACGGACUCCACGACAAUGACAGUAGUGGUCACGAAAACAGAGACCGACCACGUAGUAUCACCGACAGCAAGCCCGUUUCCAUCGUCGACUUGGCCACCGGACGGCUACAACCACUACAUAACAAAGUCACUUGGACAACACCUUCGGGAUGGCGAUGUGGACUAUCAUCCCCAUAGACACCGUCAAUUUGAGGCCGACCAUCACGGCCAAGAGUCCUUCUCGAGUGACACACCAUCAUCAACCUCCGGGCCUGCGCCUUCUUUCGCGUCAGGUCUGCUAGGCACUGGGCCCCGUGGCGACGGGUUCGCUCCUCCGCCCCCAGGUUAUCCUCGAGUCAUCAAAAUGGAGGAACGCCGCUAUUCCGAUGCGCCGAUUCCGGAAUGCACACAGUUCGAAAUACUUCCCAAUGGACAAGCCGCUCAGCCCGUUCGCGAUGCAAACGGAAAUAUGGUUGUCGUCACCAUGUAUCCACCUGAGGCUACCCAGACUAGCUCACCACGCUCAUCACGUCGCUCGGACAAGAGGUUCACGGACUGGGACCUUGAUUUCGAUGAAGAGGAUGAUAGUCCGAUUUGGAGCCCGGAGGUUUUGCGGAGGGGUGGGGGGGACGGAGGGUUGUCAUACGCAAGUGAUGGCGCUGUUUCGUAUGGAAGCCAGUGUAACUGUGAGUGGUUUGUUACAUGAGAAUAUGUCCUGGAAAUGUUAGCGUAGUAGUAUCCGAAGGUUUUCGUGGGGCUUUGCAUAGCGGUUUGCAUAUCGGUGGAUUUUUCCAUUACCAGGCGUUAGUUUUGGACAUAUUAAGGUUGGGUGGAGUGGAACUGAUCUUUUCUACGUACGCCAUGUACUUAUUCGUGAGCGAGUGAUGCUUGUAGAUUGGAUAUCACUGAUGUCGUGUUCAUGAAAAAUUCAAGUGUAUAACAGAUCAAGACAACGCCGUACCCCAUGCUCCCUUCUA